UUGUUUAAAGAUUUAUUAAUUUCAGGGAAGUCGUCAUGCAAUGUGACACGCACCGCUAUCCCGCCGACAAUCGCUGUCUCGACAGUUUCACGGCUCGAAUUGGCCGGCACUCCCGUUCAGCUAAUGUGCCGAGCGAGUGGAGUGCCGAAACCGAAAGUCAUGUGGCAGCGAAUAACGGACGACGAUGGGCUCGAAGACAUUAACAACGAAUCAAAUAUGGUGCUUUCGAACGGCGACCUCUUGGUGGUAGCCGAUCCAUUGGUGGCUACUGAGUCCUAUCGAUGCACGGCGAAAAAUCCAAGUGGUACUGCUUCAGCUGAUAGUACAGUAGUAUUUGUUGAUGAGAACUGA